AUAGAGCAUAUGUUAAAAUUAUACAUUUGUAGGAGGAGGAGGAGGGAAGCGAGAGCAUUGAAAAAACAUGGACGCGCCUCCGUUUAAGAAGAGGCCGAGACUGGAGUCGGAGCCGGAAAACGCCGAAACCGACAGCGGGGAUACUGAGGAGCAGACUAUGAGUGACGGAGAGGAAGACCUCGUCGCUCUCAUCGAGCACCGUUCCAAGGAAGUUGAACAUCUACGCAAACGAUUCUCUUACUACAAAAGCCAGCUUGAAGAAGCAGAGAAGAGGUUAGAUGAAUCACAACGGAAAUUGGCUCGCCUCCGAGGCCAGAACAGUGUUAAGACAUCACUAACCCAGUCAGAAUUUAGAUCACAAUUCAACUUGAAUACAAGUAUAACAGUCCAAAGCCAGCCUCAAAGUAAACUGCAACCUGAAAUUCUUGAUAUUAAACAAGAAGAUUGCGAACCUGUAACUAAAAGUUCAAGUAGUCCUAGUUCUGCUGGUGAUUCAGGUUUCUGUUUUAGUAAUAGUAUGAUCAAGCUUAAAGGUGACAAAACUCAGAGAGAACCUUGUGAAAAGGAAGUUGUUGAUGCUCAAGAUAAAGGAGCAAAGAGAAUUUCUGAUCAAAAAAGGCAGAAAGAUUUAAUCCCGAUGAUUAGUUGCCACUCUUCACCGUGCAUGAUCGACUGCCAGACUUGUGCUAUUGUAACUAGUCAACAUAAGAGAAAGCUGAGAAGUCUUGUCUUGUCUCCAACUAAUGAGCAACAUUUUGCCACCAGUGCACUGGACGGAGUAGUCAACUUGUGGCAGCUUCAGGGUAGAGGAUCAAGUGCGACCCUUCUUAGUUCUACUAAUUGCCUGUCGGCCAAGCAAAGGAGAUGGCCAGAAGAUAUUGCUUGGCAUCCUGAGGGGAAUUCCCUUUUUUCAGUUUACAGUGCUGAUGGUGAAGAAUCUCAGAUUUCAAUCUUGAAUCUUAACAAACAGAAGGUAAGUUUCUUGGAAGAGAAGCCGCAUGUUAAAGGCAUCAUCAACAACAUAAUGUUCAUGCCAUGGGAGGAUAACUGUUUUGUUACGGGUGGUAGUGAUCAUGCUGUCAUUUUUUGGUCUGAAAAAGAGCGAGAGAAUUCAUGGAAACCUAAAGUGUUACAUAAAAGUGUGCAUUCUUCUGCUGUAAUGGGAGUUGCUGGUAUGCAACAGAAGAAAAUUGUUAUGUCUGCUGGUGCUGACAAGAGGAUCAUUGGAUUCGAUCUUGUAGAGGAGAAAGUGGAGUACAAGCAUCAAAUAGAAAGCAAGUGCAUGAGUGUUCUGCCGAACCCCCGUGACCUCAAUCUAUUCAUGGUUCAGACCGGGACUUUAGAGAAGCAGCUUCGAUUGUUUGAUAUCAGAGACAGGCAAAAGGAAGUCCAUUCGCUCGGAUGGAAGCAAGAAAGCAGCGAAUCACAAUCUGCACUUAUACAUCAAGCGUGGUCACCCAAUGGCCUCUACAUUUCAUCGGGUUCAGUUGACCCCGUGAUUCACAUAUUCGAUAUAAGGUACAACUCCCACAAACCUUCCCAGUCCAUAAAAGCACAUCAGAAACGCGUCUUCAAAGCUGUUUGGCACCCCACUUUACCUCUCCUGAUAUCUAUCUCGUCUGAUCUUAAUAUUGGAUUGCAUGAGACUGCUUGAGUUGUAGACAGUACCUACAGCCGUGCAUUGUUCCAAAUGUUUGGAGAUUUUGUUCAAUGUGGGAUUAUGUUAUAUCUCUAACAUAACAUUUGACUCAAGAAAAUACAUAGGAAUGUAAAGCAAUCUUUUGGGUUUUCCAUCUUCAAUCAAGUAAGGUUUUAUUUUCCUGUA